UAACUUACGGUCAUGAAAUGAUUGCAAUACAUGUUUUCUAAGUAAUCUUAAAAGCAUUUUUGAUUAUUUGUCUAUAAAUGUGUCCUUGAGUACAAUCUAACGAGUAUAACCACGAAUUUUUGAUGAGAUUAUUCAACCUGUGAUUCUAAGGAAUUUUGAGUACUACUUGUAGUCUUUAAACUUACAUGCUUGUUUAUUUGCUAUGCUAAUUAUAAAAGCAAGAAAAUUUAUCUUGCUUCUAUAUAUGAAUGAUUAAACCAGUGAGUACAUUUGAAAGAAUCUGUUAGCAGUGCAGGGCGCGGCAUUUGUAUGCUUAUCACCAUUUUUGAUUUUUUCAUCCCAAUAUUACUGGACUACAAGCAGAAAGUCUAUUGAUGGAAUAUGGAAUUGAUGGAUCGUUUUUAGCUAGACACUCUACAUCAAAUCCUGCUGACUUUACACUCUCUGUCAGACGGAACGGUAAGAUUACUCAUAUCAAGAUACAAAAUACAGGAGAUUUUCUUGAUUUGUAUGGUGGUGAAAAAUUUGCCACUUUAUCAGAAUUAAUACAAUAUUACAUGGAAAAUGAGGGACAAUUAAGAGAGAAAAAUGGUGAAAUUAUUGAACUUAAAUAUCCUCUCAACUGUGCUGAUCCUACAACUGAAAGGUGGUUUCACGGACAUUUGUCAGCAAAAGAAGCGGAAGAAUUGAUGCUGGAACGUGGAAAAAAUGGAUCUUUUUUGGUUCGCCAAUCGCAAUCCAGCCCUGGUGAUUAUGCUUUAUGCGUACGCUGUGACGAUCGCGUUACGCAUGUUAUAAUACGAUCUCAGGAUAACAAAUAUGAUGUAGGUGGUGGUCACAGGUUUCACAGCCUUAGUGAUCUAAUAGAACAUUAUAAAAAAAAUCCAAUGGUUGACACAAGCGGAAUCGUUGUUCAUCUUCGCCAACCAUUCAAUGCAACGCGUAUUAACGUUAGUGAUAUUAAAAGCAGAGUCAGACAAUUACAUAAAGAAAAUGGCUCUUCUGGUGGUUGGCUGUAUGGAAAUGGAACUACUGGAAAUAAUGAAGUUGGACCAAGUCGUGGCAAAGGAAAAGCAGGUUUCUGGGAAGAAUUCGAGUCGUUGCAGCAAUUAGAGUCUCGACAUUUAUAUUCAAGGAAAGAAGGUUUACGUCCAGAGAAUCGUUCGAAAAACCGUUACAAGAAUAUUGUACCGUUUGAUCAUACUAGAGUACUAUUAACAGAUGUCGAUCCAAAAAUCCUUGGAUCUGAUUAUAUUAAUGCUAACUACAUAAAGAAUGAGGAAGGGGAUGGAACAGGCACCACCAUUAGUACUGGUAACGACACCACAUUUGGUAAAUGUUACAUAGCCACGCAAGGUUGUCUUCCAAACACUGUACAAGAUUUUUGGCAUAUGGUAUAUCAAGAAAAUACUCGUGUCAUUGUGAUGACAUCGAAAGAAAUAGAAAGGGGAAAGAAUAAAUGCGCGCGUUACUGGCCGGAGGAAGAAGAAAUUACCGAAUAUGGUAAUGAGUGGAAAGUACGCGCCGUAUCGCAAAAUUCUACUGCUGAUUAUACUUUGCGAGAAUUUCUUCUGCAAGGAACAAAAUCAAAAUUUUCCGAGUCCAGGAAAAUUUAUCAUUAUCACUUCCAAGCAUGGCCUGAUCAUGGUGUUCCAUCAGAUCCUGGUUGCGUGCUAAAUUUUCUACAUGAUGUAAACGCCAGGCAAGAAUCGAUUGCAGCAUCUUUGGCUUCGAGCAACCAAUGUAUAGGACCAAUUCUCGUCCAUUGUAGUGCCGGAAUUGGCAGAACUGGCACAUUUAUUGUCAUUGACAUGAUUUUAGAUCAAAUUAAACGUCAUGGACUAGACUGUGAAAUUGACAUUCAACGCACAAUACAACAAGUACGCUCGCAAAGGUCAGGAAUGGUCCAAACAGAAGCGCAAUAUAAAUUCGUCUACCUCGCAGUUUUGCACUAUAUUGAGACUGUGUCUCAGAGGAUGCAAGCGGAACAGUUUUUUUUACAGAAAUCACUUCAAUUAGGUAGAGAAUAUACAAAUAUUCGCUAUAAAAGCGAGACCAACGCUACUGUAGGAGAUACUUCUACUUCUACGCGUACGUCCACGACUCUUCCACGAGAAGAACCCAUAUUUGAAGAAGUUUAUAUUCCAAUGCGAAAUUUUCGUUAAAUUCAAUUGGUUUCGCAUAUAUUUAAGAAAGUAAAAAGAAACUCUUUUUCUCUCUUUUUUUUUUUGGAAAAAGAAAGAUAUAACCCUUUAAA